AUGGCGCGCGUUCCUGUGAGCCAGCACCAGGCCUCUCCGUCAACAGCGGGGGGGCCUAUGCUUCCUGCUCUGCAAGAUAUCCCGGAACGGCCACUGAACCGGGACUUGAAGGAACUGUGGGCGGCGUACGGUGAUAACCCUUUUGGCAAUGUGAUGGAGUGUUGGAAUCGGUCGGUUCCUGACGAAGAUGCUCUAGUGUGGCUGAAUGCGGACGGGGAUAUAUCCGAAACGACAACCUUUUCAGAACUGUAUGGUCGAAUAACGAAGCUCAGUAGGUUCCUGCGAGCCGCCGGUCUGCAGGCGGGAGAUCGACUUAUUUUGUGUUACCCUCCUGGAACGGACUUCAUCACCGCAUUCUUUGCUUGUAUCACUUCCGGACUCGUCGCUGUCCCUGUGUACCCCCCCGAUCCUUCGAAGGGUUUAAGUGACGUCCCCCGAUUCUGCGACAUCAAUGAAAUUGCCGGAUGUAAAACGGCUCUGACGAACUCCAUGUACAAGCGGGUGGUUCAAGUGAUCACAACCGUUGCCAAAGAUUGCCGGUGGCGUUCUAUUCACUGGGUGUGCACCGAUGAUGUGAUCAAGCGUCAGCCUGAUAACCCUGCAAACACCGAAGGGCCCGAUUUUCCAAGUCUUUCUCCUCAUCAUCCGGCAUUCCUUCAGUUUACGUCGGGGAGCACGGGCAACCCCAAAGGUGUCAUCGUGACCCAUGGCUCCCUUCUACACAACUGUCACCUGUGCUGGAGCGCCUACGAGUUCCCCUCGCACUACGAGAACACGGGUGACGACGAGAAUAUUACGAAUCACGACUUUUCUUUGGUCAACCAACGCGAAUUCUGGCGCCGGCGACAGGAACUUUCCAUCAAAUACAGAGGCCACCGACUUAGGGCGUUCUCGUGGCUUCCGGUUUAUCACGACAUGGGACUUAUAGGCUUUGUCUGCUCUCCGAUGCUCUGUGGAGCAACACUCUACCAGAUGUCGCCUAUCGAUUUCAUCCGCCGCCCGUGGAUCUGGCUCCAGGGAAUGUCCAAGUACGAUUACAUCUGCUGCGCGGCGCCAAACUUCGCCUUCGAAGUCGUCACCCGAAAAAUGCCUGACGCUAUUUACGACCAGUUGGAUUUGUCCCGCGUUUGCGGCUUUCUUUCUGGCGCGGAACCUAUUCGGGCGUCGACCCUCGACCGAUUCUGCGAGAAAUUCGGUCCGAAAGGCGUGAGGCGCAGUGCGAUUUGCCCCGCAUACGGCCUUGCUGAAAAUACCUUGAUCGUCACUGCGAGAAAAACCUUUGACGCCCCACCGAAGUUGCUUAUCGUCGAUUCGUACAAGCUGCAGCACGAAAAGAAAGUUAUUUCCCUGACUCCAGAGGCGACCUUAACCAUGAAUCCCGAAGAAUAUCAAGUCCUAGUUGGCUGUGGCGUUCCUCUUGAAGGAGUAGACGUGAGAAUCGUAGAUCCAGAAACAAGGAAGGAGUUACCUCCUGGAAAAGUGGGUGAGAUCGUUGUCUACGGCAGCUCUGUGGCGCGUGGGUAUUUCGGGAGGCCUGACGCCACGAAGGAGAUAUUCUGCUACAGUUUCACAGAUCUCCAGGGGAAGCCGACUCCGCCUUUCGGCAUGAGGACAGGAGACGGAGGCUUCAUGCAUGAAGAUGAACUCUUUGUGGCCGCACGACUCAAAGAUCUGAUUAUUAUUCGCGGACGUAAUUUCUAUCCGCAAGAUAUAGAAGAAGCCGUUGACAAGGUUGCCAUGGUCAGGCCAGGUUCCUCCGCUGCGUUUGCCAUUGAAGUUGAUGGGCAUGAAGCUCUCGCUGUCGCUGCGGAAGUUCGCUUGGAGGAAGGCAUCAAAGGUCUCUGGCUUCGUGUAAAACGGCAGUUUGAUAAGAGCCACUACGAGCAGAUUGUUCGCGAUAUAUCCAAGUCAGUGGCAGCGAACACAGGCUUGACGAUUCAUCGGCUGUGGCUUCUGCGACCACGCAUGAUGCCGAAAACGAGCAGUGGAAAGGUCCGCAGGUCUAUGGCGAAAGAAAAACUGCUGGCCGGGAAAAUUGAGGGCGUCCUUCUCGACCAUUAUCACCAUCACCAGCAUGCUCUCUUCCACGACGGGGGCCACGGGGGCAGUCGAUCCCAGCAUCGGGCUUCCAACGCAGGACCAGCAAGCGAGGACAUCACUAGCAAAAACAUCAAGGGUGAAGAACACCCAAAACACAGUGGCGCCCCAAACGACACAUCUUUUACCUCCAUCGUGCACCGAGGCAGCUUGCGGGGCGACGCCGUUGGGGGGACAACCAGUGCUUCAUAUGCGGGAAGACACCAAGAAAAAGAACAUAAACAGAAGUCAGAUGGCAAUGUUGUGAAGCCGGAUGCCAUGUCGGGGACAGGCGCCGAUGGUUCACAUGGUAGCGCCCAUCUUGCUCUUACAGAGAGAGUUAAGCAAACAGUUUUCGACGCAGCAAAAACCGUUCUUGGAAGCUCGGACCUACCGGAACUAGAUGCCCCUCUACAUGAGCUUGGCGUGGACUCUAUAGGAGCUGUAGAAUUCUCCGAGCUAAUUUCCGAGGAGCUCCAGGUGGACGUUGAACCGACCUUGCUAUUCAACUAUCCAACCCUCUCAGACGUAAUAGAUUUCUUUGUACGAGAGCUAGAAGGGAAAGGAACAGAUGAUCUAGCAGUAUCACCGGAGAAUGCCUCUUCGAGAGAGACAACUACCGCAAUAGUCGGAGCAGCCUGCAACCUUCCGGGUGGAACUACGUCACUAAACUCAUUUUGGGAUCUUCUCAUGUGCGGAGUCGACGCCAUUGCUGAAGUUCCUCGUUCACGGUGGGACGUGGAGGAAUACUUCGACCCUGAUCCGGGCGCCGACGGCAAGGCAUACAUCCGGGAAGGAGGUUUUAUUGAAGACGCUGAGAUGUUCGACGCCGCCUUUUUCCGUAUUUCUCCAUCAGAAGCGAAGUCAAUGGACCCGCAACAGCGUCUCCUUCUUGAGAAUGCCUACGAGGCUCUCUACGAUGGCGGCUACACCCGCGAAGGGCUGCAACGGGCGAGCAUGGGGGUGUUUGUGGGGUGCUGCUCGAACGAUUGGUAUCAAGUGUGCAGUCAACUUGAUCUGGGUAUUAGCAGCUAUACGACAACGAGUUACGCGCCCUCAAUAAUCGCAAAUCGCCUUUCGUAUACCUUCGGCCUUCUCGGACCGUCGAUGACAAUAGACACAGCGUGCUCCUCGUCUCUCGUCGCGCUCCACAUUGCAGCUCAAGAAGUACAGGGGGGCAGCUGCACCUCCGCAGUUGUGGCAGGUGUUAACCUGAUGCUGUCACCCCAUGUCACAGUCGCUUUCUGUAAAUCGCGUAUGCUGGCGCCUGAUGCGCGCUGCAAAACGUUCGACGCUAGUGCAAACGGGUAUGUCCGCGGAGAAGGUCUAGGCGCGAUUGUUCUCAAGCGUCUCUCGCAAGCAGAGAAAGACGACGACAGGAUCCUCUGUAUUGUCAGAGGUACAGCUGUCAACCACGGAGGCCGCUCAGCAAGCCUGACUGCCCCUAGCGGUCCCUCUCAGCAGCGUGUCAUUCGAACCGCCCUGAGGCAAGCAGGACUCACACCUGGAGAUAUCUAUUUCAUCGAGAGUCACGGGACGGGAACGUCCCUGGGUGACCCCAUCGAAGUGGGGGCACUGAAGUCUGUAUUCGCUGCUAGCCGAGACGCUAAAACGAAGCCGUUGAUUCUCGGAGCGUUGAAGACGAAUAUUGGGCAUCUGGAAGGAGCGGCUGGCAUUGCCGGAAUCCUAAAAGCGAUGCUUGCCCUUCGGUAUAAGCAGAUUCCGCCGAACCUGCACUUCAAGCAGAUGAAUCCUCACAUCGAUGUGAGGGAAUUCCAUGUCGUCGUGCCCACUACUGGUGUCGCCUUUCCAAGACAGGAAGGAGGACAGCUAUUCGCUGGCGUGAGCUCGUUCGGCUUUGGAGGAGCGAAUGGUCAUGUCAUUCUCCAAGAGGCCCUGCAGCAACCAACAGGCGAUAAACCACAAUGCAAACGCCACUCCAAGCGCAAUAUAAUAUGCUUCAUGUUCACUGGUGAGGGCUAUGAGGCCUCAUGCAUGGGACGGCGUUUGUAUGAGACUGACCACGUGUUCAAGGAAAUAAUCAACAAGUGUAACGAUAUCUUGAAGCGCUGGCUGAAUGUGCCGUUGCUCUCUAUUCUAUAUCCAUCGGCGGAUAAGAAAGGCGAGAUGGAUAAGAUGAUGCAUCAAGCUCGAUUUGGUCACACUGCAUUGUUCGCUUUUGAAUACGCGCUGGCCGAAUCCAUGGUCAGUAAAGGUGUGAAGCCGGAUGUUGUCUUCGGCGUUGGCCUCGGCGAAUUUGUGGCGGCAGCUUUCGCGGGAGUCAUGAGUCUUGAAGAGGCUCUGUACGUCGUUACGCAGCGCGCAAAGCUCAUUGAUAACUUGCCGCCGCUCGAGGGAGUCAUGGCCGCCUGCCGCGUCAGUGAACAAGAAGUUGAAAUGGCCCUUUCGGAUAUGGAUAUUAACUGUCGGAAGUCUGUCUCCAUCGCCGUUGUGUAUGGGAGGAAAAACUUGAUUCUCUCUGGAGAGCAGUCGGAAAUCGACAACGUCUUGAUGAAGCUGAAUAUUGCCGGACGGUGGAAAUACCUCCCUGUGAACAGCGUGCUCACAACGAACCUCGUGUCAGAUAUUGUCCACCCGUUCACCCACCUCAUGUCCACUGUGAAGCUCUGCCGGCCUAAGGUGCGUCUGGUGAGUAGCACCACUGGAGAAUUCGUUGACAAGGAAGCCUUAUCCGGUCGCUAUUGGGCCCGGCAAGUUUCUCAAACUGUCCAGCUGCAGCAAGCCAUUGGUAAUAUUGUGGCUUCCGGAUGUUCACUAUUCGUGGAAGUGGGUCCUCAAGUCGUCUUGACGAAGCUGGCCCAACAGAGCCUCAAUGGGAACGCGAAGGAUGUCACUUGGGUACCGUCCUACGAUAUGACAAGUGAAAACGACCGGUUCUUUCAGAAUGCGAUCAGCACGUGCAACGAAGCCAUUAAAAUCAUCGGCCAAGAACGAAGGCUGGAAGAAGGCCAACAUGGGCAAGAGGAGCUUAUUUUUCAUAGGAAACCCUUCCCGUGGACUGAGAUCCCGCAUCCAUUCCUAGGCAGCCAUAAGUUUACAGAGAAAGACGAUGUGAUCUUUGAGAACGCUUUCCCUAGAAGGGCCAUCUCUCUGAUAGCCGACCAUACUGUGAACGGCACAGCAAUGAUGCCUGGAGCCGGGAUGCUCGAGAUCGUUGCCGCUGCUGCCCUAGCCCUUGAUCUUCGCACAGCUUCUGGGGCUGUCACUUUGGAGAAUGUGACGUUCGAGCGCCCAAUGCUCAUUGGAGCACCGCGAGUUACGUACGAAUACAACAGAAGGCACUCGCUUGGUGAGGCAGGAGGCACCACCGCUAGCCCCAGAACUGUCCGAACUCCACGACUAGUGAACGACGCUUACACGCGCACAGGGACGCGAGAGAAAACCUUGGAGAAGCCCGUGUGGGAAACCGUUGGAGGACAGACAUCGACCGAAGCUGCACAAACAGUGCCUUCUUUGAGACACCAGCCAAGUUACAUCAAAUCAGGUGUUCUCGAAGACAUCAAGGACUACGCUCAUAAUAUGCUUCGCCGUGCUGUUCAUAACGAAGAUGAAUGCGGCGCACCUAGCACUCUACCAGCGUCAAUGCCUCCGCCGGUAAUAGUCGCGCGACAUCCCAGAGAAGGAAGCUUUGGAAGCGUCAGCCGGGCAAGCGGCAAUGCCUCAGCUACAGAUCGCGUCGACAGCAUGACCGUUCCUCUCAGCGUGGAGAUGACAGUGCGGUGCCGCAUUACCAAAAUGAAAGAGGUGGAAUUGAGUACGAUAUGGGAUGAUGAGCCGACAGAUCACUGUUUCGCAACGAUUGUCAUUGCUGACAAAAAGCAGGACGCGUAUCCCUCGUUACAGGAGGUACGGAGCCGCUGCACCUCCCGCCUGGACACUGCGGAGUACUACGAUAUGCUCUAUGAUGCAGGGCUCCAGUAUGGCCCUCGCUUUCGUACUAUUCAAGAGCUCUACAAGGGAGAAAACGAAGCCGUCGCCAGAAUCCAGAUUGUUGGCAAUCUGAAGCAAGACCCGUUCGAAAGCGGAUUCCUCAUUCAUCCAGCGGUCCUCGACGGUGCGCUUCAGGCGGCCGGAUGUCUUCUGGAGCAGUCUCACAGCGCGAACAAGGUGAUGGUGCCUGUCUCGGUUGGUAGCGCGAGCCUGACAAAAGUAGAAGUUUGCCAACCAUGCUGGACGCAUGUUCGCCUGGAGGAAACGAAAUCGAAAACUGCAACUCUACACAUUACGAUUUAUGAUGAAGUGACACGUGAGGUUGUUGCUUCGAUGGGUGAUGUCGUUGUUCGCCAAGUCGACCCAUCUGCCAGCGUCGUUGCAACUAUACCGAAGGAGCUGCUGUGGAAGGUUAGCUGGCAGCCAGUUGACGGAAACAGCAAAGAACCUAUUAGUCAGACCUCGAGGGUGCUUUUCAUAGGUGGCAAUAUUGAACUUGCAGAGGCCUUGGAAAAUGCUAUGGGCUCUAACUGCAAGAUCCUGAGCGUUGAUGCGCUUCCAAGAGAACGAGCGGAGCUGCAGAAAAUCCUAGACGCAGAGCAAUGGGGCGCCAUUGUGUACGUCGAGGCCGUCACCGCUGGCGUGUACGACGCGCUGGACGUGAUGAACGCAGCUGUCCGUAUCAUUCAGGCGCACUAUCUUAAUAUCAACAGUGGUAAAGCGGUAAAGGCGCUUUGGUUCGUUACGAGAGAUACGGUUUUCUGCCACAGUGAUACGGAGAAGCCUGGACCGGAGAUCCCAGCUCACGCAGGACUCUGGGGUCUGGCGAAGGCGGCCAAGCUUGAGAUGGAAGUAUCUGCUGGCUCUCCUAUUAGCAUGGGCUGCUUUCACGUCUCUGCCGCGGAUGUCUCUUCCAUGGCUCAGCAGAUUCUUUACGCUCUGAAGUCGAAGAUUGUCAACUCCAGUGAAUCCGAAGUCGCAGUUAGAGAAGGCGGCAUGUACGUUGCUCGUCUGGCUCCACAGAACGAGGUGAAUGUCAGGGGUGCUAUCGAGCUCCACAUGCCAGAACGGGGCGCAAUAUCCAAUCUCGCGCUCCGUCCUCAAGCUUUCGCUUCGCGCCUCCCGCCCGAAGACGGACAGAUCGAGCUGCGGGUCCGAGCAGUGGGUCUCAACUUUCGCGAUGUCCUGAACGUCAUGGGCCUUUACCCUGGAGAUCCGGGUCCCCCUGGUGCCGACUGCGCAGGGGUUGUCGUGGCUGUCGGAGAGAAUGUCGAACACAUCGAAGUUGGCGACUGCGUUUUCGGUAUUGCCCAAGGCUGUCUUAGGACAUACGUAACCACAGACGGUCAGCUGCUUCGGCGAAUGCCAGAAUCAAUGACUUUUGAACAAGCAGCAGCGCUGCCCGUCGUCGCGACAACGGUUGAAUACGCCUUGCAUGAUUUGGCAAAAGUGAAGGCUGGCGACAAGGUUCUUAUUCACGCCAUCACCGGCGGUGUCGGUCUCGCGGCCGUGCAGUUCUGCAAGCGUGUGGGUGCUACAGUUUACGGCACGUGUAGUGGCGGCAAGAAGGAAGCAUUUGCCAAGUCUCUUGGCGUUCAGUACAUAUCAAACAGCCGCGAUGCAAAAGCCUUCGCUGACGAUAUGCGCUCGUUCUUGGGCGAAGACGUCAAGCUCGAUGUUGUACUCAAUUGCCUCAUCGAUGACUUCAUCCCUGAGUCUUUGAAACUCCUUGGACCAUACGGCAGGUUCAUGGAGCUGGGCAAACGCGGUAUAUGGACCAAAGAAAAGAUGGUGGCUGAGCGCCCGGAUGUGCAGUACGAGGUGAUUGCAGUGGACGACAUGAUGGAGAAAGACCCCGCAUGGUUUGGAGGCAUGCUCGAACGCAUCCGGACUCUCGUAGACCAACAGAAAAUCCAGUCUCUUUCUAUGCAUGUCUAUGACAUGGCGGAUAGUGGAGACAAUGGAGGUGUCGCCGCUUUCCGUUUUAUGCAGCGUGCUCAGCAUAUUGGAAAGGUCGUCCUCAAGGUACCAAGCCCUCUAGAAGAUGCAUCCAAAAAUGGCACUAUUGUCAUUACUGGUGGACUUGGUGCCCUUGGUCUGGUUGUAGCUGGGUGGCUCGCUGAAGAAGGUGUGAGGCACAUAUGUCUCCUCUCUCGUCGCGAAGAGGCGCCGCAGCCCGGAGAAGUUCCGGGAUGGGACUGGCUGAGAACCAUCAACUGCGACGUUCAGUUCUUCCGAUGCGAUCUGUCGAAAUAUGAGAACGUGCGAUCCGUCUUCAAGACAAUUCAGACAAACGUGGCACCGGUCACCGGUAUUAUCCAUACAGCAGGGACGCUGGCUGACGCUCUCCUUGACAGUCAGACCUCCGAGUUGAUGAAAAAGGUGUACAGCGGCAAAGUACAAGGAGCUUGGAAUCUGCAUCGAGCAUGCGAAGAGCUUGGCUUCAACGAACAACUCAAGGUUUUCGUUCUUUUCUCUUCAGUCACAUCUCUGCUCGGCAACUUCGGCCAGGCAAAUUAUUGCUCAGCGAAUGCGUGCCUAGACGCCCUCGCCCAGUGGCGCCGAGCAAAAGGCCUCUGCUGUCAAAGCAUUCAGUGGGGGCCAUGGAUCGAACAGGGCAUGGCAGCGGAGCUGAAGCAACAGGUUGAGAGGAACGGUCUGAAAGGCAUCAGCAAUGAACUUGGGCUGAGAGUAUUGCAUGAUCUGAUCCGUCAGCGGGAGAAAGCCAACCCUGUAGUAGGUUGUCAAGCAAUAAAGUGGAAGCUUUUCCUCCAUCGUUAUAUUGAACAGCCUCCUUUCCUCGCUAACAUCGAUAUGGAUCUUCAGGUGACCUCUCACGACUCCAACGCUGUUUUGCGUAAUCUGCCUCCUUCUGAACGUCGCGACUACAUAAAGGCACAGGUUGCCGCAGCAGCCCGGCAGGUUCUCGGCAGCAGUGUCCCUCCACCUUUCGAUACACCUCUACAGGAUGUUGGCGUCGACUCCCUUGGAGCUGUGGAAUUCCGCAAUGUUCUGUCGAAGAAGCUUGGCGUGAAGUUGUCUGCAACGACGCUCUUCGAUUACCCCACCCUGAAUGCCAUCAUCGAUCACCUUUGUGAAGUGUUCGGUGAAAGCACCCAGGAAGAUAGCUUCUCUUCGAAACUGGGGGCCGUUUCAGAAAACGACCUUGCUCAGGACGGCAUGGCAAUCGUCUCGAUGUCUUGCCGGCUUCCAGGCAACUCCACUUGUGCUGAGCUCUUUUGGGAUAUGAUGAUGCGCUGCACAGACUGCGUUUGCGAUAUUCCGUUGACCAGAUGGAAUGCAGAGGAGGUGUACAGUGAGGAUCCAGAUCUCCCUGGCAAAUGUUACAUCCGCCGCGGUGCUUUCAUAGAGAAUGCAGAGUACUUUGAUAACUCGUUCUUCAAUAUCUCCCCUUCCGAGGUCAAGAACAUGGACCCACAGCAGAGGCUGCUGCUCGAAGUCUCAUAUGAGGCGUUUGCUGGAGCUGGCCUGACAAAGGAGAAGCUCCUCGGCACAAAUACUGGCGUCUUCGUCGGCGCGUGCAACCACGACUGGACGUAUUUGAUCCAAGAAGACAAAAUAUCGGCCUAUACUGGGACGGGAUCAGCCGGUAGCGUCAUUGCGAAUCGUGUAUCGUACUGUUUGGGAUUGAAAGGCCCGUCUGUCCCCGUGGAUACAGCAUGUUCCUCAUCUCUCGUUGCUGCUGACUGCGCAUUCGAAAAACUCGCACUUCGAGACUGCAGCGCGGCGAUUGUGGCAGGAGUCAACCUCAUGCUGACUCCUCACCUUUUCAUUGCCUUUUCAAAAGCUCGCAUGCUUUCCCCGGAUUGUAAAUGUAAGACCUUCGACGCCUCAGCUGACGGAUACGUACGAGGUGAAGGAGCUGGCGCAGUACUGGUUUUACCGUACGCAGAGGCGAAAGUGAGGCAAAUGACCAUCCAUGCCAUUAUCAAAGGAACUGCGUGUAAUCAUGUUGGGCGCAGCGCGAGUUUGACAGCGCCAAACGGUCCGAGCCAGGCAGAAGUUAUCCGUAUGGCGCUUCGCCGCGCGGGGAUGAAACCAAGCGACGUGAAAUUCAUGGAGAGUCACGGAACGGGGACAUCUCUAGGAGAUCCUAUCGAGGUGAACGCAAUGCGUACAGUAUUCGCACCUGGCCGCGAGAAGACAAAGCCGUUGUUGAUUGGCGCCGUGAAGACGAACAUUGGCCAUCUCGAGGGAUCAUCUGGGAUCGCCGGACUGAUUAAGGCGUGUCUGGUCCUUAGCCGGCGGGAAAUUCCUCCCAACCUCCACUUUAAAACUCUGAAUCCGCACAUCAACAUUGAGGAUUUCCCUGUUCAGUUCGUCACAGACUUCGUAUCUCUAGACUCGGUGGAGUCAACGCGAAAGAAGAACACCGCUGGCGUUAGUUCGUUUGGCUUCGGUGGAGUCAACGCUCAUGUCAUUUUGGAGGAAGCAACUCGCGAUCCGAACACCACGAGGAAAGAAGAAAACCGAUCAAAGAUCUGUUUCAUGUUUACCGGCCAAGGGUCUCAGUACGUUGGCAUGGGUAGGCACCUGUAUGAGAAGGAACCCGUGUUCAGAGAAGCAAUAAAUCGUUGUGUAGAGAUCGCUAAAGAAUACCUUCCCCUACCUCUCCUGAGCGUUAUUUAUCCUACUCCGGACGAGAGGGAGACAAUGCAAGAAGCAAUCAACGAGACUCUGUACUCCCAGCCCGCCGUCUUCGUCGUAGGUUACGCCCUCCUGGAGCUGUGGAAGUCCCGGGGUGUCGAACCAGAUAUGGUCAUGGGGCACAGUCUUGGAGAAUACAUCGCAGCAGUGUGCUCAGGAGUUCUCUCUAUUCAAGACGGGUUGAAGCUCGUGCUCAAACGCGCUCAGAUAAUGAGUCGUGUUCCCCCUCGUAAUGGGGUGAUGGUCGCCUGUCGUGCCACCCCGGAACAGGUGGAGGAGGCAAUCCACACUUUGUUUGGGGAUGGUGAGAAGAACGUUGCACUGGCUUCCGUGAACGGCCUGAAGAGCGUCAUUGUGUCUGGCAGUCAACAAGAUGUUCAAGCUGUGUUGCGACAGCUGGGAGCUGCGUCACGGGCGAAGAUGCUUCGAGUGUCGCACGCGUUCCACUCGCCGCUCGUCAAAGAUACCGUCGCCCCCUUCAAGCGUGUCCUGGAAACUGUGAGACUGAAUAAACCUCGCAUUAUGUUCGUCAGCACGGUAACAGGAAAAGUCGCCGGAGACGAGCUCCUGAACACCCAAUACUGGGCAGAACACAUCACGAGGGUCGUCCGGUUCUGUGACGCAGUGCAGAUGUGCGUUGCACAAGGUGCAAAAAUCAUGGUCGAAGUGGGACCUCGCCCGACGUUGUCAAAUAUGGGCAAGGGAUGUCUUCCUCAAAGCACUGCAGACGAGGUUCAGUGGAUCAACUCCUUGGAACCGGAAGCGACAACCACAACUGUCUUCGACUCUCUAUCGGCGCUAGCCAAGUCCGGCGGAGGUGCCAUACCUGCCGUUUUCGACCGUAAAUUUUUCCCCUGGACAGACACGUGCCACCCUCUUCUAGGAGGCAAAAACACACGCCCAGACGGAUCUGUCGUCUACUCCGCUCCUCUUAGAGAUCUGGUUAAGGCACUGUUCUUGGAUCACAUCGUGUACGGGAGGGCACUUCUUCCAGCGACGUGCUUGAUCGAGAUGAUGGCUUCUGCCGCGACACACAUGAUACCGAACCAGGAUGACGAGAAGCUCGUGGCGUUGUCUCAGGUAGUGUUUGAAAAACCGCUGCUUGUACCGGAUGACACAUCGCUGAGCGUCCUGGUGACUGUCGAACGCCGUGGGCAAGUUCGCGUGGCCAGCCAAGUCACUAAUAGUGAGGACGAGGCUGAAGAUCAUGCUGUUUGCCAAGUGAACGUAGUAGACGCCCUUCCAUCCGCCCCCUCUUUGGCGGAUGUGCGUGGCCGGUGUAAGAUGGAAGUCGACGCAAGCCAAUUGUAUGGCCACCUUCACAAUGCCGGGCUUCAAUAUGGCCCUCGCUUCCAGACAAUUCUGAAGAUUUUCAAGGGCGAAGAUGAAGUACUGGGCCUUCUGCAAGCGCAAAACGUGAGUAAUUUCGAAAAAGGUUUCAUGAUGCAUCCUGCGGUCCUCGACGGAGCUCUGCAACUCUCGGCUGUGCUGGCUUUCGAGAAGGGCAGCUCUCGGGCCAUGAUUCCUUUCGGCGUCGACUCCGUACUGCUCAAGAGCUUUCCCCCUGAGAAGGAGCUUUGGGCCCGGGUUGUGCUAAACAAAAAGGGUGUUUCUUCUGCGUCAGUUACCGUGCAUCUCUACGAUUUCGACGGCGACCUCAUUGCCGGCAUGCUUGGCGUCACCCUUCGACAGAUUGAAUUCAAUACGGCAGCAGACAUUCCGCGUGAGCUUCUUUGGGAGGUCGAAUGGGAGCACACUGGCUCCUACACGAAGCCCCGCGAGGGUUCGACCGCAACGCCCUCUGAAACAGAUGAGUCCUGUCCAGAAGCAGCUACUCGCACGCCUAGUCCCACUGACAGUGGAGAAAGGGACCUGGCACUAGCCGGAGAGGGGCCCGCCUCUACUUCGUCUGCGACCCCUCUUGGAGCUUCGACUGCCUCCCCCCCAUCGGUGGCUCAAGGAGCCUCCAUCGCGGUGUCGGGCAAGCCGCUAUAUCACCUGCUUCUGAUUGACUACACCGGGGUUCACAGAGAGGUCAUUACUUCAAUUCUGGACACCGCCGACGGAGAAGUCGAAGUAGUCAGCAAGCCAGGGAGUCCCGGACAGUUCACCGAGCAAUUGUGCGAGUUUGCGGAGGCUAAGGCAACCGAGACGGACUCCUCUCAGUUAUCAGCCAUCAUUUUCCUCGCUCUCGACGAUACGGCCCAACGUGACGAGCUCACCGCUGGUCUGCUGGAGACCGUGAAGGUUUUUGCUACUCACAAGUUCAAAAAAUUGCCGUGCAUCUGGGUUCUCACAUCUGGAGCUCAAGGCCCAUCUCAAACCGUUGUUGCUCCAAACCAUGCAGGAUUGUGGGGCAUGAUGCGCACGGUACGGCUGGAACUAGAGACGCAGAUCGGAAAGGCUGUCAAGUUCGGUUGCGUUGACUUGGACAAGAAGCUGCACGUCAAUAUGGCCCUUCCGUACAUCCUGAAGAGGCAGGCAGAUGAGCCUUUUGAAGCGGAACUAGUUCUCAGGAUCCCUUCUGAAGAGCCUGCAAACGAGACAAACGAGGCCCAACCUAUUCAACGCGGAGACCGUCUACCGACUGGCAGCUUUGUUCAUAUUGCUCCGGAAUCCGUAGGAGGGAAUACUAACGAGGGGUCUGCCCUCGCGGGCAUUCCGACAGGUUUGGAGGCAACAGCCUCUCCGUUGGAUGAGGCAGAUGAAACGAAGGAGCCUGUAAUCUUUGAUGCCUUCUGCCCGAGGCUUCACCGCUCGCCUAUCGUCGUCAGAGGAGCCGUGGAGCUUCACAUGCCAGAACGUGGGGCUAUCUCUAACCUUGUGCUCCGCCCACAGGCCUUCGCCACCAGAAAUGCGCCACAGGACCAUGAGUGUGAGAUCCGCAUUAGGGCUAUCGGAUUGAACUUCCGUGAUGUGUUGAAUGUUAUGGGGCUCUAUCCCGGAGACCCUGGUCCGCCCGGAGCGGACUGCGCAGGCACAGUUGUCGCAGUGGGAAGUGACGUGAAGCACCUCAAGGUCGGAGACGCGGUCUACGGUAUCGCUCAAGGCUGCUUGCGCACGUACGUCACGACUAACAGCCAGCUGCUGCGCAAGAUGCCAGAAUCAAUGACAUUCGAGCAGUCGGCAGCACUGCCUGUCGUCGCUGCAACUGUGGAAUACGCUCUGCACGAUCUCGCCAAGGUAAAAGCAGGAGAUAAGGUCCUUAUCCACGCAGUUACAGGAGGUGUCGGUCUGGCGGCACUUCAGUUCUGUAAGCGCGUAGGAGCGACUGUCUACGGUACCUGCAGUGGUGGCAAGAAGGCGGCAUACGCCAGAUCGCUCGGGGUGAAGUAUGUGACGAGCAGCAGGGACGCGAACACAUUCGCAGAAGAUAUGCGCGAGUUUCUCGGGGAGGAGGAAAAACUCGACGUUGUUCUCAACUCCUUGAUUGACAGUUUUAUUACCGAGUCAGUCAAGCUCCUUGCACCAGGAGGGCGUUUCAUGGAGCUUGGCAAGCGUGGUAUCUGGACGAAAGAACACAUGGCCGCUGAGCGUCCAGAUGUGUACUACGAAACCAUUGCGAUAGACACCAUGAUGCAGGACGACCCUGUGUGGUUCGGAGGCAUGCUCGAUCGCAUUCGCGACCACGUGAACACUGGAGAUAUCCAGUCCCUGCCUCUACAUAUCUUCGAAAUGACAGACCCCCUUACCGGCGGGGUGGCGGCCUUCCGAUUUAUGCAGCGUGCGCAACAUAUAGGAAAGGUCGUGGUCCGCAUCGCAAGCGACCUUGAAUUGAUGGCGCCUUCCACGCAGCCAGAAGCAACAGCUCCAGAGCACAGCGUUCUCCCCGGCUCCAGCGGAUAUGGCGAGGAGUCUCAUGGCACCUCUGCGACGGAUGUUGCCCAUCGAACAUACGUUAUCACCGGAGGCAUGGGAGGAUUGGGUCUCGUGGUUGCGCAGUGGCUAGUGGAAGAAGGCGCUCGCUUUAUUGUCUUGCUCUCCCGAAGAGGCGAGCCGGCAGCGUCGGUGAAGCAGAGCCCUAUUUGGCAGUAUCUGACGGAGAAAGAACGGACCUGCGUAUGCGUCCUGCCCCUGAAGUGUGACGUGUCAGUAAAGGAAGAUGUCAUGCAGGCAUUCAAGGAAAUUCAGACUCGUGGCUUUCCGCCCGUUCGAGGCAUCUUUCAUGCUGCAGGUGUCACGGCAGAUGCUGCUCUUUCUAACCUGACUCGAGAGUCGAUCGAGCAAGUUUACCUUCCUAAGGUGACAGGGGCUUGGAAUCUCCAUGAAGCUUGCCAGACGCUGGACCUGGACAAGAACCUUGACAUGUUUGUGAUGUUUUCGUCUGUCGCGGCGCUUUUGGGUAACUUUGGACAGGCAAACUAUUCGGCUGCAAAUGCGUGCCUGGACGCUGUGGCAGAGUAUCGCCGAUCUCGAGGUCUGCGGGCGCAGAGCAUUCAGUGGGGCCCAUGGACAGAACAGGGCAUGGCUGCAGAUUUCCGUCAGACUUUGGACAAAGUGGGCAUGCGAGGCAUCAGUAACGAGCUCGGCACGCGAGUUCUUAGUGACCUCGUGCGGAACCCUCAUCGGGCAACUACAGUUCUCUGCCAGUCGGUAAUUUGGAAGAAGUUCCUCCAGAGGUAUGAGCGCGUGCCUACGCUAUUAAAGAAUAUACGAGCUGGCCAGGGCGCGACGGCCGAUGCGAGCCUAAUGCUCCGAACCAUGCCAGCCGAAGAGAGACGCGCAUACGUUGAGAAGACUGUCCGCGAGGUUGUCAAGCAGGCUCUAGGGCUUCCAGAGCCGCCGCCCAUGGACUUGCCUAUGCAGGAACUAGGCAUUGACUCGAUUGGAGCGGUGGAGCUCCGCAACGCCCUCUCGAGUCGACUAGGUGUAAAAAUGCCCGCGACGGCAAUGUUUGACUACCCUACUCUCGAUGCGAUGGUGGAUUUCAUCAACUCGACGCUCGCGGAACAGUGUGCGGGGGCGGACGAGAACUUGACCGCGGAAAACCAGAUGAGUUUGGCGCCGCAGAUGAUGCACAGGCUAGAAGGGAAUAUCGCUGUGACCAGCGCUGCUGUCCACCUUCCUGGAAAUGUUCACACGCUAGACGAGUUUUGGGAAAUGAUGCACCAGAUGCGAGACUGUAUGACAGAGGUGCCGUUGACUCGCUGGAACAUGUACACUUUCUUUGACCCUGACCCAGAUGCUCUGGACACUUCUUAUGCCAAGUUGGGAGGCUUUAUUAUGGACGCCGAAAUGUUCGACAAUAGCUGCUUCAACAUCAGUCCCGCAGAAGUGCGCGUUAUGGACCCCCAACAACGGAUUAUUUUAGAAGUUGCUUAUGAGACCAUGAUGGGCGCCGGAUGUAUCAGCAGCAGUAAAACGAGUCAGCACUCCAUUGGAUGUUUCAUUGGUUGCUGCAAUGCUGACUGGCAUAUGCUCGACGUACCCUCGGGACCCUUCACAGGAACUGGUAGCUCUACGUCGAUCAUUUCGAAUCGUAUUUCGUACACCCUGGGUCUCCGAGGCCCUUCCUUGACUGUCGACACAGCAUGCUCGUCUUCUCUGGUGGCACUUGAUAGCGCCAUGUGCAAGAUCAUUGAGGGGUCGUGCUCGUCGGCUCUCGUGGGAGGGGUCAACCUCAUGUUGUCGCCGCACCUCUUUAUCUGUUUUAGCAAAGCGCGGAUGCUAUCGCCGGACUGCCGUUGCCGGACCUUCGACCACCGGGCGAACGGAUACGCCCGAGGAGAAGGCGCGGGGGCUGUCUUCCUGAAGCCGCUGUCAGCCGCACGGAAGGACGAGAGUACCAUCCUUGCUGUCGUCCGCGGCUCAGCCAUCAACCAUGAUGGUCGAAGCGCCAGCCUAACUGCACCGAACGGACCAGCUCAGCAGGCUGUCAUUCGAGCAGCGCUCCAGAGUGGCGGCGUAAAGCCAACUGAUAUUACCAUACUCGAAUCUCACGGCACAGGAACGCCUCUUGGAGAUCCUAUCGAAGUGGGGGCAAUCAAGGCUGUAUUCAUGCACCAUCGCGGGUCGGACAAUCCAAUUUACAUCGGAGCGCUCAAGACGAAUAUCGGUCACCUUGAAGGUUCAGCAGGCAUUGCUUCGUUUAUCAAGCUGGUGCUCUGUCUCCGCCACCGUGAGCUCCCAGCCAAUCUGCAUUUCCAACAGUUAAACCCGCAUAUUGACAUGACCGACUUCGCUGCAGUCUUCCCCAAAGCAACUGUAGAUCUGCCUGUCACGCGCAAGCUUUUUGCCGGCGUCAGUUCGUUUGGAUUUGGCGGCGCAAACGCGCAUGUGGUGAUUGAGGAACAUUUUGAGCUGUCAACAGCAGCGGAAGAGCCCCAGAAGAAGACAGUUGUCGUCAAUUGGGAAAGAAAGUCGUUCCCGUGGUUCGACGCUUUCCAUGCAACACUGGGAUACGACUGGAGGACAGAAACAGAUGACAGAAGAUUCGAUAUGGAAAUAAGACAAGAUGUAUUCGAUGUUCUCGCCCAGCACAUGGUCGAAGGCAGACCUGUGAUGCCGGCGGCUUGCUACCUCGAGACCAUCACCUCCGCAGCAUGCGCCACUGAAUUCGUGCAUCCCUGCUCCCGCAAAAUGCUUCGACCUGACCAUAGCGCUGCUGUCACCCUAGAAGACAUCGAAUUCCAACGGCCCAUGAUUCUUGAGGCACCUGAGGGCGACGGGCAUCAGAUCUUCCAGAUUCUGACAACGACCCUCAGUCCGAGUGGUAACGCAUCAAUUGCCAGCUCGAUGGCUGGGGACGAGGAGGAAGUCAUCCAUGCCACAUGCCGAGUUUCAAGUACCAAAGAUUCCGCAGCCUUUGCUAGGAGUCCAGAAGAAAAUUUGAAGUUCCUAGACGAAGAUACCGGUCGAAUUGCUGUUGAUGCGAAAGAUAUGUAUGAUAAAUUAUGGAAGAACGGGCUGAUGCUGGGACCUCAGUUCCGUACCAUUCAAUCCAUCGAAUGCAGUCCGCAGACGGCAAAGGUGAAGCUGCAGUUGCCCGACCCCCCAACGUCAUGCGAACUCGGGUUCCGUAUGCAUCCUUGCGUGCUAGAUGGAACAUUCCAAACUGUCGGAGCGCUGGUUCUUGCCCACGAUGAACAGGCACGAAAAGAAGCUGGUGGCCAGAUCGGAAACACUGGGAAUCUCAAGCUAAUGAUUCCGUUCAUGAUCAAACGCAUUACAUUGACUUCCAUGCACGGUGUCGCAAAUGGGCUCUGGGCUCACGUGGCGCUGGUGAAGAGAGAAUCAAACCAGGCUAUUGUGGACAUCGACAUUAUGACAAUAAGCGGAGAGCCGGUGUGCUGUUUGAAGGAACUGACCAUGCGACGGCUUGAUCCGACACCCGCUGCAGAGAUACCACGAGAACUGACGUGGACUGUCGAGUGGGAAGAGCGCCUGCUUUCAGAGCCAUUGCCUGCACCGGGCACGCUUAACGUUGUUGUUGUUGAUCCCCUUGGAAUGCACUAUACGGUUGUCACAGAGCUAAAGCAGAAGCGCUUUGCUUCGGUCCACGUUGUCGAGCGUGUCUUCUCCGCUGAAGAGAUCCUUCAGGCUAGCGGGACAUCUCCCUCUAGUAGCGGCCCUCCGUCCCUGACGUCUACGCCCCGCGUAACUAAUGAUGCUGCCAAGCCCACGGCAAUACCACAGCAGAACAAAGUCGUGAUUUUCCUUGGAUUAGGGAGCGCCAAUGAGUCUGUAGAGGCGGUUGAUGGACUACUGCAACUUGCAACGGGACUGGAGAAAUCUGUUAAAGAGGAUCGACAACGGACGUUCUCUCCAAUCUGGAUCUUGACUAAGGGAGCGCAGAGCCGCAGCGACCAAACGCCGGUCUCCAAUCCUCUCCAGGCGGGCCUGUGGGGUUUCGCCCGGACAGCUAGGCUUGAGAUAGCAGCUCAGACAGGAAAAGAGGUUAAGAUCGGGUGUGUCGAUAUUGGUCUGGAGUGCUGUGUGGCAGAAGUAGUCCAGCACCUUGCUGUAAUUCAGGAGCAGGAACAGUAUGAACCAGAAAUUAUCUUCGACGAGGUUAACGGGGUCGAAGACAAAACGGAAGAGACUCAGAAACAGCAAGUCUCAAAACCUGGCAUCUCGAAGCGUCGCGUCAGGCAUUUCGUUGCUCGUCUUGCGCGCUCGCCGGUGAAUGUUCGGGGCUCGCUGGAACUCCACAUGUCCGAUCGAGGUUCGAUCACAAACCUUAACCUCAGGCCGCAAGCCUUCGCUGCCAGAGUUCCGCCAAAGGGCGAUAUGGUAGAACUGCGCGUCCGAGCGGUUGGCCUCAACUUCCGCGAUGUUCUCAAUGUGAUGAAUCUUUACCCUGGCGAUCCAGGUCCCCCCGGGGCCGACUGCGCUGGGACUGUGGUGGCAGUGGGAGAUCGCGUUAAACACCUGAAAGUUGGCGACGCCGUCUACGGUGUUGCACCGGGUUGUUUGAAGACGUAUGUAACGACAAACUCACAAAUCAUGAGGAAAAUGCCGGCUUCUAUGUCGUUCGAGGAAGCGGCAGCUCUACCGGUCGUCGCUACCACUGUUGAGUACGUUCUCAAUGACCUCGCUAAGGUCAGAGCGGGCGAAAAAGUGCUGAUUCAUGCAGUUUCAGGCGGAGUCGGAAUUGCUGCCGUACAAUUCUGCAAGCGAGUUGGGGCAGUCGUUUAUGGCACCUGCAGCAGCGAGAAAAAACGAGAAUUUGUUGAGUCUCUCGGCGUCAAGUACGUGGCCAGUAGUAGGGACCCUGAGAAGUUCACUGCGGAGAUGAAGCAAUUUCUGGGCGAGGAAGGCAAAGUUGAUGUCGUCCUUAAUUCUCUGAUUGACAAGUUUAUUCCCGCAUCUCUUGCGCUCCUUGGCAAAGAUGGUCGCUUCAUGGAGUUGGGAAAACGAGGCAUCUGGACCCACGAACAGAUGAAGGCGGAGCGACCAGAUGUGUACUAUGAAACUGUUGCCAUCGACGUUAUGAUAAGCGAAAAUCCUCGCUGGUUUGGUAUUAUGUUAGACCGAGUCCGUACCCUCGUCGAGCGCCAGCAACUACUCUCGCUUCCUCUUACGGUGUUCAAUAUGCAAGACCCAAAUGAGGGAGGAGUCGCAGCCUUCCGAUUCAUGCAGAAGGCACAGCACGUUGGGAAAGUUGUUAUCGCAAAUCCCAGCACCCUUGACUUCGAACGAAUUACAGUCGGGCCACCCACGACACCUCAAAAGACAUACGUCAUCACCGGAGGCAUGGGAGGAUUGGGUCUCGUGGUUGCGCAGUGGCUAGUGGAAGAAGGCGCUCGCUUUAUUGUCUUGCUCUCCCGAAGAGGCGAGCCGGCAGCGUCGGUGAAGCAGAGCCCUAUUUGGCAGUAUCUGACGGAGAAAGAACGGACCUGCGUAUGCGUCCUGCCCCUGAAGUGUGACGUGUCAGUAAAGGAAGAUGUCAUGCAGGCAUUCAAGGAAAUUCAGACUCGUGGCUUUCCGCCCGUUCGAGGCAUCUUUCAUGCUGCAGGUGUCACGGCAGAUGCUGCUCUUUCUAACCUGACUCGAGAGUCGAUCGAGCAAGUUUACCUUCCUAAGGUGACAGGGGCUUGGAAUCUCCAUGAAGCUUGCCAGACGCUGGAUCUGGACAAGAACCUUGACAUGUUUGUGAUGUUUUCGUCUGUCGCGGCGCUUUUGGGUAACUUUGGACAGGCAAACUAUUCGGCUGCAAAUGCGUGCCUGGACGCUGUGGCAGAGUAUCGCCGAUCUCGAGGUCUGCGGGCGCAGAGCAUUCAGUGGGGCCCAUGGACAGAACAGGGCAUGGCCGCAGAUUUGAAGGCGUUGGCAGAGAAAGCUGGUCUUCGUGGUAUCUCGAACGAGCUCGGUACCAGAGUGCUGGUAGAAGCCAUACGGAAUUCAAAGACUGUCUCGACCGUCCUGGCGCAAUCAUUCGUCUGGAAACGGUUUGUGCAACGCUACGACGUGAUCCCUCAAUUUUUCAGCAAGAUUGAAUUCGAGAGCGCUAGUCCUGGUGCUUUCAAGGUGCUGUAUAGCUCCAUGACACCAGAGGAACUCCGGGCACACGUUUCGAAUGUCGUCCUUGAUACGGCUCGGCAGGUGCUUGGUACAAGUGAACUCCCUGAUCUAGACUCGCCUCUGCAGGAACUGGGCAUCGACUCACUAGGAGCUGUGGAACUGCGAAACUCUCUCUCGCAACGCCUAGGCGUAAAACUGUCUGCGACCACACUGUUCGAUUACCCGACUAUCAGGGCAAUCAUUGACUACAUUGUCAAACAGGUUUCGGGAGAGGCGAACGCUGGCAGAGGGGCAAGCGGAGGUUCUCUUGUACCGUCCGGCCUUGCAUCGGGCAUGGACAGCCCCAUUGCAGUCGUUGGAUAUUCGUGUAGGCUCCCGAAGGGCUCUGAAACCCCAGACAAACUGUGGGAAAUGCUCAGAAGAGCACAAGACUGCGUAGUGGAGAUCCCGUUGACACGUUUUGAUGUGGAUAUGUUCUAUGAUUCGGACCUGGACGCGAAGGGCAAGAUGUAUGUGCGUAAGGCAUGUUUCAUGGACGACGCAGAUAUGUUCGACAAUUCCUUCUUUACCAUAUCAGCUGCAGAAGUCACUUACAUGGAUCCACAGCAGCGCGUCAUGCUUGAGGUUGCCUAUGACGCAUUCUACAGCGCAGGGUACUUCCGCGAGCAUCUCCUGGGGAAGAACUAUGGCAUCUGGAUUGGUUGCUGCAACUCGGACUGGCAUUUCCUUGAGCAACAAAGCAAUCCAGAUAAAAGCAGUAGCUACUCCGGCCCUGGCGGAUCAGGCUGUCUGGUGUCCAACCGUCUCUCGUACGUUUUCGGCACGAAAGGUCCGAGCAUGACAAUCGACACUGCAUGUUCUUCGUCGCUUGUCGCUGCUGACUGCGGUGCGCAAGCCCUGAGAUUCGGAUACUGCGAUGGAGCACUGAUUGGGGGCGUGAACCUAAUGCUUUCUCCUCAGCUUUUCCUAGCUUUCUGCAAGGCGCGUAUGCUUUCUCCAGACUGCCGGUGCGCCACUUUCGAUGAGAAAGCCAACGGCUACGUGCGAGGGGAGGGGGCUGGCGCCAUUGUGCUGCGUCGGCUUGCUGAUGCUCAACGUGAAGGCAAACGCAUCCUGGGAAUUGUCAGAGGCACUGCAGUCAACCACGAUGGUCGCAGCGCAAGCCUGACAGCUCCUAAUGGACCGGCUCAGCAAGACGUCAUUCUCAACGCUCUUCGAGUGGGGAAUGUUGAUCCUCUUGAUGUUGCUUUCGUGGAAUCCCACGGCACAGGGACAGCUCUCGGAGACCCUAUAGAAAUGGGGGCAAUAAAAGCAGUAUAUGGAGCUGGGCGGACAUCGGACAGUCAUCUGACGGUUGGUGCUCUUAAGUCAUACAUCGGACAUUUGGAAGGUAGCUCCGGGAUUGCCGGCAUCCUCAAAGUCCUUCUGUGUCUGAGGCAUCAUGAGGUGCCUCCCAACCUUCACUUCGACACUCCAAACCCUCAUAUGGACCUUUCUGAUUUCCCACUGGUUCUUCCGAAGAAACAGAUGCCAUUGGCGCCUGCAAGAAAAAACACAACCAUCAUCGCCGCUGUCAGUUCUUUCGGCUUCGGAGGAGCGAAUGCCCACGUUGUGUUCGAAGAGUUCGCCCAACAAACUGAGAAGACAGAGAUCGAUCAUGACAGUGCAGAAGCCGGACCAUCAGGCAACAAACGCGUUGCUUUCCUUUUCACUGGACAGGGGUCACAGUACCCCAAUAUGUGCAAGCAGCUGUACGACGAAGAGCCGGAAUUCCGUGCGUGCAUGGAGGCAUGCUUCACUGCUUUAGAGGGCAAGUUUGAAGUGGACCUGCGAGACGUGAUGUACCCCACGGCGGACAAUGAAACAAAAAUGCUGGAGCUGUUAAACCAGACAGGGUACAGCCAGCCUGCAAUCUUCUGCGUAGAAUACGCUCUGGCCCAGCUGAUGAUCAGUAAGGGUUUCAGUCCGAAUGUAGUCAUGGGUCACAGCCUGGGAGAGUAUGCAGCCGCGGUUGUGGCGGGAGUGAUGGACUGGAAGGAUGCCCUUCUUCUCGUAUAUGAGCGUGCCAGUGUCAUGCAACAGAUCGACGCGAAGGACGGAGUUAUGUACGCUUGCCGCGCCAGUGAAAAGGACGCUUGGGCCGCGAUUGCAAAGACGUUUGGAACAUCAAGUUCGGUCACAGUGUCUGCAAUUAAUGGUCCGAAAAGCAUAGUACUAUCGGGCACCCAGUCGGAGGUCCUUGCGGUUCUGCAGUCCAUGGACAUGCUGUCGAGAGCGAAACAGCUGGCUGUCUCCCACGCCUUCCACUGUCCGCUGGUUGGCGAAGCCGUUGACCUUCUCUUGCCCAAGGUUCAAUCUGUGAAACUGUCAGGUCCGAAGGAAGGCCUGGUGUUCAUAUCCACCGUGACAGGAGAGCCUGUUUCAGCUGAGGAACUAACGAGGCCAGAGUACUGGGCUAGCCACAUUACAAAAACGGUGCAGUUCCUUCCAGCCAUGCGUGCGACGGUCACUAAAGGCGAAGCCGGCAUCCUUGUUGAGAUUGGCCCACGGCCUACGCUUGUGAACAUGGGUCAACAAUGCGUGCCUCGCAACGACUACACCUGGGUCGCGGUUAUCGAUCCAAAGGACGACAAUCGCAGCACCUUUGCUCAAGCUCUCGAAAAGAUCAAGAGCAACAUGGAAAGCACAUACACCUGGAAGCGUCAGUCUUUCCCGUGGACUGUUGUUGUGCACCCUUUCAUCGAAAAUUUCGUGCAGGACCCCGAGGAGGCGAAAGCAGUCUCUACAAAAUUGCUCACGCCCGCAGUAGGGGAAUUGCUGCACGAUCACGUUGUCAGUGGAACGCCUAUGAUGCCUGGAGUUGGAUUCCUGGAAGCAAUGGCUGCGGGUGGUUUCAUGCUUCUGGAUGGCAAGCUGCCAAGUACAGUUGUGGAAUUGACAGAUUGUGAGUUCGAGCGCCCAAUGAUCAUUCCAAAGAUCGACUCGACGACGGGAGAGUUCUACCAGAACGUCAAGCUGAUCAUAUCCAUCAACAACAGAGAGGUUACCCUGAAGAGCGUUCUCGAGAGCGAUGACGAAGAAAUCUUCCACGGUCGUUGCAGCUUCUGCCUCUCUCCGGGAACCGCUCUCCCCGCAGAGCCAGCAGAUCUCUUAGCCUCACUUCAAGGAAAGAUUACCACGCCUGUGCCGAUCACGACGCUGUAUGAAACGUUACAUUCGGUGGGUCUUCAGUACGGGCCGCGUUUCCAGUCGAUACGGGAGUGCUAUGCAGCCGCACCAAAUGAAGUGCUGGCAAAGCUGCGUCCGAAACUGCCUCUCCAGUCCUUUGAACGAAACUUCCGAAUUCAUCCGGUUCUCCUGGAUGGCGCCCUUCAAUCAGCCGCCGUCCUCUUUGCAGAAAUGGGUCAUAAACGUCCUCCAGUUCCCGUGGGCGUGAAACGUGCCCUUCUCGUUCGGGCCCCCGCCGGAUCGGAGAUUUGGAGUCACGUUGUCGUGAAAAGCAAAGACCUGCGCUCAGCUGUCAUGGACAUCACUCUUUUUUCUGCAAAGGGAGCUAUCCUUGGACAGCUUAUUGGUGUGUCUGUUCGCGCCUUCGACAUGGCACCUAGUGCGCAGGUUCCCAGGGAUCUUCUUUGGGAGGUCACCUGGGUCCCCAAACCAGAGGGAUCCGUGGCGGCCUCUGUGGACGCUUCGGAAGGAAAUCAGGACACUCAGGAAGACAAAGCGCAUCCUACAUCUUCUUCAAGGUCUAAGGGCGGUUUGUCUCCAGGGCACUCUUCUGAGGAACGACAAACAGCUCCGACUAGGUGGCUGUUGCUGAAGACCCCGCCGUACAUGGCAAAGGGUCUUCAGGAAGCCCUGAACGGCACGCCGUCAGCGUUUGUUGAUGAGUUGGCUGGCAAAGCACCUGCCGAUGGAAUAGCAUCGAAGCUCCAGAACGGUCACUGGGACGCUGUCAUCUAUUUGGGAGCCCUUUCUCCUGACUCAUCACCCGCGACCUCCAUAGCAGAUGCCCUUCUUCUCUCAACCGCCCUCGGAAAUACAUCAGCAGACAAGCCACUGCCCAACAUUCUCUUUGUUACUCAGGGCCAGCACCUCAUCCCGGAGUGUGGAGACGUACCAGCAGCUACAGUACCCACCCACGCAGGACUUUACGGAUUCUGCCGGUCGGCACAGCUGGAGCUGGAAAACAUAAUCGGCCGCCCUGUUCAUCUCGGAACUGUGGACUUCGCAUCUGCCGACUCAUGCCUGCAAGAUCCUGCUCUGUUUGUGUCUGCGUUACAAAGCGUUUUGGUAGACAAUGAGAAUGCAGGCGCAUCUGCCACGUACGAGCCCCAUAUUGCAAUCCGCCACAAAAAAGCAAUGGUUCCGCGAAUGGUGAAGAGUGGCAUUGAGUGCCGCGGAGCUGUUGAGCUGCACAUGAGUGAUCGUGGUGCUUUGUCUAUGCUCAAACUCCAGCCUCUGCCCAAGUCUGCGAGGGUCCCACCGCCACGAGAUUGUGUUGAAAUUCGGGUUCGUGCUGUUGGCUUGAACUUCCGAGAUGUGCUCAACGUGAUGGGUCUGUAUCCUGGUGAUCCUGGCCUUCCUGGGGCAGACUGUGCAGGUACCGUUGUCGCUAUAGGGGAAGGCGUUAAGCACUUAAGAGUAGGCGAUGCGGUGUACGGCAUUGCACAGGGAGCUUUGAGGACGUUUGUGACUACUGCGGCCCACCUUGUUCGACCCGUCCCAGGAAUGCUUACGUUCGAACAAGCAGCGGCCCUCCCAGUUGUCGCUUCGACGGUCGAGUUCGCCCUUGAGGACUUGGCCAAGGUGAAGAAGGGAGACAGAGUCCUCAUUCAUGCCGUGACCGGAGGCGUGGGGCUUGCUGCAGUACAGUUCUGCAAACGAGUGGGGGCGGAAGUCUACGGCACUUGUGGUGGAGGGAAAAAGGAGGAGUUCGCACGCUUGUUGGGGAUAAAAUAUGUGACUAGCAGUCGUGAUCCGAAGAAAUUCGCGGAGGACAUGGACACGUUUUUGGGGCAUGGCAAGCACAAAAUCGACGUCGUGCUGAACUCCUUGAUAGAUAAGUACAUUCCCGAAUCCCUUAGUCUCCUUGCGCCCAAUGGAAAGUUCAUUGAGCUAGGCAAGCGCGGAAUCUGGACGAAGGAGCAAAUGAAAGCGGAGCGCCCUGAUGUCCAUUAUGAAACGGUAGCCAUAGAUACGAUGAUCGAGGAUGACCCGGUUUGGUUCGGAGGAAUGCUUGACCGUAUCCGGUAUCUAGUUGACGAGAGAAUGCUUCAACCCCUGCCGUUGCACGUGUUCGAGAUGACUGAUCCAGUAGAAGGAGGAGUUUCUGCAUUCCGAUUUCUGCAGCGUGCGCAGCACAUUGGCAAAGUCGUGAUCCGUCUCUCCAGCGCACUGGAGGUGAAGAACUUCAUGGCAUGCCCUGAAGCAGACAGGACGGCCACGGAGGCGAGCGAAAGCCCUGAGCACGACAAGGCUCUCCCCUCGCCUGGCGUUGGGAAGGCCUUGUCACAGCCAGUGGCUGAGCAAGCGCGGAAGACGUAUGUUAUCACCGGCGGAACGGGCGGGCUUGGUUUGGUUAUUGCCGAGUGGCUCGUCGAAGAAGGUGCGCGCAACAUUGUGUUGCUUUCGAGAAAAGGCGAACCGCCUGCCAGCGUCAAGGAGGAAAAUCCACAAUGGAAAUAUCUAUGCGGUGACGAACAGCCAAAGUGCGUGAGCGUGACGACACUCAAAUGCGACGUGUCUCGAAAGGAGGAGGUGAUGCGGGUCUUCAAAGAAAUCGAGGCAAAAGGCCUUCCUCCUGUGUGUGGCAUCUUCCACGCUGCUGGUGUCACGGCAGACGCAGCCCUUGCGAACCAGACGUCCGAUUCUGUAGACCAAGUUUACCUACCAAAGGCCAUAGGAGCAUGGAAUUUGCACGAGGCUUGCGAGGCUCUCGGGAUAGACCAGACUCUUGAGAUAUUCAUAAUGUUUUCUUCGGUUGCGGCCUUGCUGGGCAACUUUGGCCAGGCCAACUACUCAGCAUCAAAUGCCUGCCUAGAUGCACUGGCGCAGUAUCGUCAGGCUAGAGGACUCCGCGGUCAAAGCAUCCAGUGGGGGCCAUGGGUUGAACAGGGUAUGGCUGCGCAGCUGACGCAGCAUUUGGAGAAAGUUGGAAUGCGUGGUAUCAGCAAUGAGCUUGGACUGCGCGUACUCAGCGACGUCCUUAUGCAUCCCUCUGUGGCUGUAGUGGGUGCCCAGUCGCUCCAGUGGCGCAAGUUCUUACGCCGCUAUGCAUUUGAGACCCCUACAUUUUUUUCGCUUGUACCGAUGGCCGGCGCGGGGUCAUCUGAAGCCGCUGUGAACUUGGCAACGAUCACGAAGGAGGAUCUGUGUGAGAUCAUUGCCACACUAGCCCAAUCGGUCUCCGGCUCUGCAGAGAAACCCGCCAUCGAAACGCCUCUCAUGGACUUAGGACUUGAUUCGCUUGGAGCUGUUGAGUUCCGCAACUCCGUAGCAGACACCGUCGGCGUGAAACUGCCACAGAAUCUCAUGUUCGAGAAUCCAUCGAUUUCAUCUAUCUGUGACUACGUCUUGGGUAAGGCAAGUGGACGGUCUGGGGAAGCAGGUGGUUCCGAUUCUAGCAGAGGCAGUGGUGGCAGUUUUGACAUCCCUGCUUUGGAUACACCGCUGGAUCAAUGGCUCAUGAGUGUGCUUGAACCUGCUGAGAGAUUUGCUCUCUACAUCGACUCCUUCGCCUCAGAAUAUGGAAAUCUACAGAAAAUGGUAGGCGAAGAGGACAUUAUGACCGCCCUAGAGGAUUUGGGCGUCGAAGACAGUGGCGACUUUGAACGCCUGCAUGUCGCAUGGCAUGAUCUGUGCAACCAGGUCAAUAAGUUUAAACGGGGGUCUGUUGGAGAAACCAGACCUAUUGUCUCCGCAGGGGACCACUCCAAGCCAAGGAUGCCGCAUCCGACGGAGGAUGUGGAAAAUCUUCUCGCGUCCUUGGAUUUCGACGUGAGCACUCUCCGACCAGCAACGGUCCCGAGCAAGGCGAAGAAUGUUCUUCUCACCGGCGUCACUGGCUUUGUGGGACGCGUUCAGCUGGCAGCGCUUCUGCAGCUCAAGCAGCGGCCCGACCUUCGGGUGUACUGCUUGGUUCGUGCGCGUGACCCGGAACAUGCCUUGAGCCGCAUCAGGGAAGCAACGAAAGAAGCGAAAUGCUGGCAGGAGAGCUUCGCGAGCCGUAUCAUUCCCGUGCCUGGUGACUUCACCCAGCCGCUGCUAGGCGUCAGUCCAGAGGAAUUCCAAGAGUUAGCCAGGAAAAUAGACAUCGUCUACCACACAGGUGGAGACGUGAACUUGCUGAGUAACUACGGCCGCCUUCGCGCUACCAACGUGCUCAGCGUCAAAGCAGUUAUCGAUUUAUGCACCACCUAUAAGGUCAAACAUCUCCACUUUGCUUCAACGCUCGGGCAGUUUCCCGCAUUUUUCGCCAUGUUUGCGGGAAGCUUCAGCGACGAAUCAAUUACAGAGGACUCUACACCAGACGUUCCUCAGAUGGAGAACUUCUAUCCCCCCACACGGCAGGGUUACCCGUGGUCGAAGUGGGCAGCAGAGAGAGUGCUGGAGGGCGCCAGGAAUCGCGGGUUGCCUGUGGCAAUUUAUCGGCUUCCAAAUACUUACGUCGCGUACAAGACAGGCUACACCAAUAAAACGGACUACGCAACAGCCCUGAUGAUUGCGUCUAUCCAGGAAGGACUAUUCCCAAUUGGAGCAGCAACAGCGCCGCUCACACCUGUUGAUACAAUAUGCGAUAUGCUUGUAAAAGCCUCUUUCUUGGAAAAGCCGAAGCACUGGGUAUACCACUUAUUUGACCCCCGCCUUGUCACGAGGGCAGAUCUAGAACAAUGGAGCCAAGAAUUAGGCAUCAGUUAUGUAGGUGUGAAGGUCGACGAGUUCCUCGAUGCCAUCAAAAAACGAGGUCCCGAGUCCCCUGUCUUCAAGUUCGUCCCCCUGAUGCAGCAUUGGCGUCGCUUCUGGUUUGAUCCUGAGGAGCGAACGGAGCCUUUCCCAAUUUCAAAUAGCCAUAUUUUCGAAGACGUCCCGCACAUGCAGUGGCCUCCGUUGCGCGAGGUGUUCAAGAAUUCCCUUUUAUACAGCGUUCGUAUGGGUUUCUUCCCGAAAAAUUCGAGGUCCAUUAUUCUCGAUCCCGAAGUCGGGCUAGCAGAGGCCCGUCGCAUAUGCGGACUUCACCAGAUGGGAGUUGAUGGCGAGGCCUUCUUCCUAGAGCCCUGGAAAGUUCUGCAAGACUCUGCAAAACGAGAAUGUGAUUUGCUUUUCGGCGGCCAACUCGCAGUUUAUAGGACAGUGCGCCAUUACUACAUGAAUGUGAUGUAUCUGGCCGACGCUCAAUCAAAAUGCCCGGACAUAGAGAAGCAGCAGAUCUCCUCUCCGCUCAUCACUGUGGGCCUGAACCGGACUGGGACUACAUUCUUACAAAAUCUUAUGUCCACUGAUCCUACCAACCGUACCCUACGCUACUGUGAAAUGAUAGCUCCCUAUGGCCCGGACGGCAAUUACAGGCCAAAAGGACUGCCAAAUACAGAAGAAUCUUGGAAGCAGGAUCCUCGCAUCCCCUUCGCACAAGAGGUGCUCGAUAGCCAGCUGGGCUUGUCAGAAGAGUGGAUGGCAAUCCAUACACAGCGAGCGGAGCUUCCAGAAGAAGACUUCGUCAUUUUCGAGCACUGCGGCCGAUGCUACUCAAUCUGCACUGAAUUCAGCGUCCCGUCGUACCGCGCUUGGCUUGCUGCUGACGACUACGAAGAAACGCGAAAAGGCUACGCGUUCCACAAACGGUUCCUUCAACACCUUCAAUGGCAACGUCCAGCCGAGCGGUGGCUCCUUAAGAUGCCUUUCCACCUCUUCACCCUGGAGGCACUGUUCGACACAUACCCUGACGCAAAGAUAAUCUUCAUGCACCGAGAUCCGAAGGAGACCAUGGGAAGCUGGGCGAGCCUCGUGAAGCACGCUCAGCAGUCGUUGAUGGACAAUGUUGACCCUGCGGCCCUUGGGCAGGAAGAGCUACGAGCUAUGAGUACCAUGAUUAACCGAGCACUGGCUUUCCGGCGUUCACACCCAGAGCUUGCAUCUCGAUUCAUAGAUGUGCAGUACCAGGAUCUCGUGAGCAAUCCCAUCGCAACAGUUAAGAGCAUCUACAAGCACUUCGAUAUUCCUCUCACGCUCAGAGCCCAGACCGGAAUCGCCAGUUUCUGUAACGAAAACCGCAAGCACCGAGACAAGCUCACAAAGCACAUGUAUAGCUUGAAGGACGUUGACCUCACCGAGGGGAUGGUUCAAAAAGCUUUCUUGGAGUACUACGACUCCGGCUUGUGUAAAUAUCUCUCCUCCUCGAAAUAG